AUGUGCCCGUGGCGGGAGAUGCUGGCAGUAUACGGCCUGAUGUGUGUGCUUUCCGCACAAGGGUCUUCGGCCAACACGGAGGCUGGUGGAUUCUGUGGCGAUGCAGCGGAGUUCUCCGGAAAUGCCACGGCAGAUCAAGCAGCCUUGAUGCAAGCCAAGACUGUGCGAGUGGGAGCUCAGGUCAAGGCAACGACGAGGUCUGGUUCUGCUGAAGUGUCCUUCUCCGAGGUGGUAGAGUACCGUGGCAAGUACUGCUACGCCCCAGCCGACGAGAAGCGUGCAGAUUACAGGGUCUUUGAUGGGCUUUCCAGUCAGCAAGAAUGCGAGGACUACUGCGCCACGGACCCGGAAUGCAACUUCUAUGGCUGGUACACAGGUAGGACGUCGACAAUCCGAAGAUCUACCAGAAGUCCCCUUUAA